AUGUGCCAUAAAAGAUCAAACAUUUCCAUAUGUUUAUUAUUGUUUAUGUUUAUUAUUUGUUUUUCAAUAAUAAUGUUAUUGAUUACACAACAAAUGUUAUUAUCAACAACAACAUCGUCGACAUCGACAACCGAUCAAACAAAUGAAUCUGAUUCAUCUAAUGGUAAUGGUAUUGAUCAUCAUCAUCAUUAUCAUCUAUUUUACAAUAUUAAAUUAACCAAUAAUGGUGGUCAUCAAUAUUUUUCACUCAAAAAUUUUCUAUCAAAUUUUAAUGAAACAUAUAAAAUUGAUGAUAAUAUUUUCAGUUUGGAUAAUUCAAAUUGUCAUUUGAAAAAUUUUGAUAAUUCAUCUGAUGAUCAACCAUCGAAUGCAACUGAUGACGAUGAAAAUGAUUUCUGGCAACCAGUUUGUUCAUCAAAUAAUAAAUUCUAUGUAUUUUCUGCCUAUAUUGAUCAAUAUAAUCGAUCAAAUUUAAAUUUGAAUUUUUUCAACACUGAUUAUCAACAUCAACAUCAUAAUGAUAAUCAAGAUUAUUUUGUUAGAAUCAUUGCCGUUACAACAUUGACCAGUAAAGAUAAAAUUAUCUGUUCAUAUUCAUUGGAUGAAGAAAAAGAAGAUGAUAAUGGACGUAAACAAAUAAUUCAAAAAAAUUGGUUUCGUCAAGGUAAAAUGAAACCAAUACGUGAACAUUGGAAUCUACAAUAUAGUGCAUUUUUUAUCUAUUGUCCAUUACCGAAAAUGAUUAUGAUUAAUACUUUGGAUAAUAAUGAUGGUCAUUCAUCGACGAUGUUAAUGAAAUCAAAUUAUUAUCUAUCGAUUAUAGCCCUAUCAAAACAUUGGUAUAUUUCCAAUAAUAAUGAUGAUGAUGAUGAUGAUUUGGAAUUGAAUCGAUUAUUAAAACAAUAUGCUCAAACAAUGAAAAUGAUUGUGCCUUCAAAUCGAAUGCCGAUACAUGGAUUACAACAACAACAACAACAAAAUAAUGAUAAUGAUAAAAUGGCCGUCUGUAUAAAACCAUUACAUUAUUAUUAUAAUAAAACUAUAAAUCUGAUUGAAUUUAUUGAGCUUAAUCGGAUAUUAGGUGUUAGAAGAUUUUAUUUUUUCAAUCAUACCGUUUCCAUUGAAGUGGAUCAAAUUUUACGAUUAUAUCAACAAUAUGAACCAGAAUUAUUGAAAAUUUUACAAUGGAAAUUACCAAUACGAUCACAAUUAGAAAUACGUACUGAAGGUAUAUUUGCAGCAUUAAAUGAUUGUCUUUAUCGUGCACGUUUUAAUCGAUUUCGUUAUGUUAUGUUUAUCGAUUUGGAUGAAUUUAUUAUACCGAAUAAUCAUAAAAAUUUAAUCGAUUUAAUUGAAAAUGUUGAACAUUUUUAUCCAAAUAAAAUUGGUGCAUUAUCAUUUCGUAAUGGUUUUUUCUAUCUACAAUAUCCAAAUGAUCAACAGAUUGAAAAAUUAAUCACCAAUAAUGAUGAUAAAACAAAUCUUCAUAAACAACUAAUAACAUUAACAAAAACAUGGCGUAAAUCUGAACUAAAUAUUCAUAAACAACGUUCAAAAUGUAUUGUUUUAGUUGAUAAUAUUAUUGAAAUGGGUAAUCAUUUUGUUUGGGAAUUUUUAUAUGGUAAACAUAUAUUUAAUAUUGAUCCAAAAUUAGCCUAUCUACAUCAUUAUCGUGUUUGUGAAUUUGGUGGUAAUAAUUGUAUUGAAAAUAAUGAUCAUAUUAUUGAUCGUCGUAUUUAUUAUUGGUCAAAAUCAUUAUUAAAUAAUAUUCAUUAUCGAUUACAAUUAUUUUGUACAGGUGAAAGUGGUAAAAGUACAUUAGUAAAACAAAUGAAAAUUAUACAUAAUGAUGGAUAUAAUCGUGAAGAAAUGCUUGAAUUUAGGCCAAUUAUUUUGGAUAAUCUUGUAUCAUCAAUGAAAUAUGUUGUUACUGGAAUGAAGCUAUUGAAUAUUGAUUUUCAAUAUUCAACUAAUCAGGAAUUGGCCAAAGAUUUAAUAUUAUGUAAUAAAUAUUUUGAUGAUUAUCAUAUAUUGUUUCCACAUCUUGAAUAUACAAUCAAAACAUUAUGGCAAGAUAAUGGUGUAAGAAAAGCUGUUGCACGUGGUUUUGAAUAUGAACUAAAUGAUUCGGCACUUUACUAUUUUGAAAAUAUUGAUCGUAUUACCGGAAAGAAAUAUAUACCAAAUACAACUGAUAUUGUUAAAUCACGUAUACGUACAAUUGGUGUUGUUGAAACAGAAUUUAUUGUUGAUAAUCAUAUUAUACGUAUGUAUGAUGUUGGUGGACAACGAUCAGAAAGAAGAAAAUGGAUACAAUGUUUUGAAGAUGUUCGAACAUUAUUGUUUGUUGUGGCCAUAAGUGAAUAUGAUAUGACAUUGGUUGAAGAUUCAAGCCGAAAUCGACUAAAAGAAAGUCUAUUAUUAUUCGAAAGUAUAUCGAAUAAUUUAUUUUUCCAUAAUACUUGUACAAUACUAUUUCUCAAUAAAUUUGAUCUAUUUAGACAGAAAAUCAUAUUCACCGAUAGACAAUUAAAAUAUUUUUUCGAUGAAUAUCAAGGUCCGGAUUAUGAUGCUGAACGUUCAUCAAUGUUUAUCGAAAAUCAAUUUCGACAAAUUGCUGAACAAGCUAAUCGUAAUAAAACAUUGAUUACACAUUAUACUACAGCAACUGAUACGGAUAAUAUUAAACAUGCAUUUGAUUCGAUUGUCAAUACAAUAUUACGUGAUAAUAUUCGUCAUUCAACAUUAUUAUUGAAUCGAAAAAAAAAAACAAACAAACAUUCGAUCAGCUGUUCAUCCGAACAACUUGUUGAUUAUUUUUUAUUUUAUUUUUUUUCUUUCGUAAUUCUCAAUAGUGAAAACAAAACCGUUCUUGAGAGAAAAAAAAGAAUGGCCACAGAAAUUCAACUAAUAUCGAUUAAUGAUUUGGAUCAAAAUUAUGAUCUUUGUUGUCGUCAUUUAUCAUUAUUUUUACAUGUACACCGGACCAAUGUACAAUUUGAAAUUGUUUUACAUAGAAUUUUAAAUCGUGAUAAAGUAUUUAGUCUUUUUAGAUCCGAUGAUCUGGAUGAAUCACAACGUUAUUUUGAAAAUUUUAAAGAAAAAUUACCAUUACUUGAAAAACAUUCAUCAAAUGUAAAUGUUUUGAAAAAAGUCUGUGAUAUUAUUUAUUCGAAUCAUUUAUCACAAAAUAUUGCUCAUAUAAAUGUUCAUCUGGAUGAUGUUCAAUUUUUUCAACAAAAUUCACCAGAAAAUUUAUCAUCAUACAUUUAUUCCGAUGAUUCGGAUGGAUAUACACCAUUAUCAUUAGCAUUCAAAUUGAAACGUUCGAAAAUUGCUAUGGAAAUAUUAUCCAAAGUUUCGAUUCCAAUCCGAUUGACCAACAAAGAUAAAGAUUUAAAUAAUCUAUUUCAUUUUGUAGCUAAAAAUGAUUCGAAAAUAUGUGAAAAAUUAUGUCAAAUAAUCGAUAAUCAAUCAAUAAUUCAAAAUUUAAUUAAUGAAAAAAAUUUACAAAAUGAAACACCAUUACAUAUUGCUUGUCAGGAAAAUAAUGCCGAAUGUAUAAAAGUUUUAUUGAAAAAUGGUGCAAAUAUUAAUAGUGCUUCAACUAAUGAUGAUUAUCAUUAUCAUCAUCAUAUUGGAUUAAAUGAAGAAUUAGUCGAUAAAUUGGAUGUAAAUGAUAAAAUAAAAAAUGGCGGUACACCAUUACAUUGGUGUGAAAAAUCCGAUAUUAUUGAUUUAUUAGCAGAAAAUGGUUGUGAUUUGAAUGCAAAAGAUUUUGAUGGUAAUACUGCAUUACAUAUAAUGAUUAUGAAAAAUGAUUUAAAUUGUACACUUUCGUUAUUGUCGAAUGGUGCUGAUGUUAAUUCGAUUGGAUCCGAUGGAAACACGCCACUUCAUUUGGCUGUUAAGAUUGAUAAUUUUGCUUUGGUACAAUCAUUAAUUGUAUUCGGUGCUAAUGUUAAUCAAUUGAAUUCGGUAAAUCAUUAUUCAUCAAGACAUUUAGCCGCUAAUUCUAAUCUAUCCGAAUCAAAUAAAAAGAAAAUGAUCUAUAUUCUUCAUUCAGUCGGUGCAAUAAGAUGUGAUUAUAAAAAAACUGAUUGUAAUGAAUAUUGUUCACCUGAUUAUACCGAUGAUGAUAAUGAUUUAUUCAAUGAAAUUUCAUUUCAACAAAAUUUCCUAUAUAAAGAUGAAUUUUUAUGGAAAAAUUUCAAUCAGAAUGAUAAUGAGCAAAAAAAUGGAAAAAAAUUAUUAUGUUUAGAUGGUGGUGGUAUACGUGGUUUAAUACUUAUACAAAUAUUAUGUCAUUUAGAACGUAUUAUACAAAAACAAACUAGUGAAAUAUUUGAUUGGAUUGCUGGUACAAGUACUGGUGGUAUUUUAGCCUUACUUUUAUCAUCCGGCUAUACAGCAUUAAAAUGUCGAUCAAUUUAUUUUCAAUUAAAAGAUAAAAUAUUCAAUGGAAACCGAACACAUUCAACUGAACUUUUAGAAAAACUAAUCAAACAAUAUCUUGGUGAUGAGAAAAGGCUUUGUGAUUUACCAUCGAAACCAAGAUUAUUCAUCACGGCUACAAAUGUUAAACAUUAUCCACCAAAAGCAGAAUUUUUUCGUAAUUAUUUAAGCGCUGAACAAUUAUUAUCAAAUAACAAUAUUGAAAAUAAUGAAUGGGAAUAUCUGUGGAAAGUUGCACGUGCAACAUCAGCUGCACCAACAUAUUUCAAUCAAUGUGAACAAUAUAUUGAUGGAGCACUUGUUGCCAAUAAUCCAACAUUGGAUCUUUUAACCGAAAUUGAAUCGAUAAAACGAGCAAAUAAAAUAAUGGAUGAAAACAAUAAUACAGAAAUUUUGGAUAUCGAUGCUAUCGUAUCGAUAGGAACAGGUGAAAUGCCAAAAAAAUUAUUUGAACGAUUAGAUUUUGAUUUCAAUUGGUCAAUUUUAUCAAAAUAUCAAAAUUUAUUCAAAAUAAUAAUCGAACAAGCAUCACAAUCAAAUGGUCGUGUUGUUGAACGUGCCCAGGCAUGGUGUUCAAUGAUAAAUGUACCAUUCUAUCGUAUAAAUCCAUUAUUAUCCGAAGAGAUUAUACUAAAUGAAACAAAUAAUGUUAAAUUAUUACAAAUGCUUUGGGAAACAGAAGCUUACAUUCAUUUGAAUGCCGAUCAUAUUAAUCAAUUAUCAAUUCGAUUAUUGAAUGAGAUUACAACAUCAAAAUCAAAUUAAA